AUAUAUUAAAGCACUUAAAAUUGAUCAUCUAUGCAAUCCGCAAUCAAAGAAAAAGUGAAUUUCUAAGAGUAUGUUGAAUGGGCAUUUAAAGAAAACACAAACACAAUGAAAAAUUAGGAAGAGAAAGAUAUAUAAUUCCAUAGUUAUCAUGAGAUAGAUGGAGAAGAAAUGGGUCAAGUCUUAUGGUUGUUUAGAAAAUGUGUAUCAAUAAGCAAAAUCUAAAAACUUAAAAAAUUGUUUCUAGACUAUUUGUUUAUAUUGAAUCACAUUAUUAAUUUUCUAUUAACAAUAAUACAUUAUAGCUAACCAACGAAAGAAUAAAUAUCAAGAUUAAUGAAGUCUAUAGGAAUAAUUUAAACUGAAGAAGAAUUACAACUUGUUAAAUUGGAAAAUAAUGAACUUUUAUCAAUAGUAUAUUAGAAGGAGGUAGUACAAUCGCUUGAAAAAAUCACUAAAGAAGAUUUUAAAACAUUAUUCUAAAUUAUUUUUGAUUUAAAAGAUAUUUCUACAGAGGAAAUUAAAAAAAUUUCUGAACUUGGAAUGUUAUUCGAUUAAGAGAACAACAAAUAGGAAUACUAGCCUUCGAAAUUAAAAUAAGAUUUUGGUAUUAUUAUGGCAAAUAUAAUUCAAAUUGAAAAAAUUGAAGUUGAUUAAAAAACAUUACUUUAGAGGAGUAUAAAAAUGGAACAGAGAAAAAAAGAAAAGGCUUAUGCAAAAAAACUUUAAGAUUUGUCAGAACAUAAACAACAAAUACUCAAAUUUAGUAAAUUGAUUUAUCAUUAAUAACCAUAGAGAAAAUUAUUACUGUAUGAUGGAACGAUGUAUUUAUAUUUUAUUAGUAAUUUAUAGAAUAACUGCAAACAUUUGGUACUCUAAAAAAGAUUAAUAUUGCGUCCCUAUAUCACUUUAGAUUGACACAAAUGUGAAUUAUUUUAGCUUUCGUAUUGAGUAUUUGAAUGAUGAGGAUGUAUUAAGAUAAGAUCAGGUAUUAACCUACAGAGGACCUGUGAAUGAUAAUUUUGAUCCAAAUGUCAAAAAGACAUAAUAUGAUUUGGGAAUCAAAGGAGAAUUAAGUUUACAAUAGAAUAGUUACAGAGGAUGUUUUAGUGAUGGAUUAUUCGAUGGUAUUGGGAGUAUAUACUUUGGAAAUAAAUUAUAUUUUGACGGAGAAUUUAAGGUAGGCAUAAAAAAUGGAUUAGGAAGAGAAUUAUAAACUAAUGAUGGAGAUUAUUUGGAAGGGAAUUAUGAGAAUGGUAAGAAAAUUGGAUUAUUUUAACAUAUACAGUUACAUGAAGGGAAAAGGUUUUUAAAUCCAUCCAAGCCACACAUAUGCUUUUAGAAUGGAAAAGAGGUCAAAUAUUUGAACCAAGAAUUUUAACUGUAGAAAAAGAGGUCAAAUUUAAAUCCAAACCGCUAUCUCUUAAAUUUUAGAGAUUGUGGAAUAAAUAAUUAUUAACUUUAAUCUUUGUAAACAGGAAGAUGGCUUAAUUCGAGUAUCAUAGAUCUUGUGAUUUCUCAAAUUUAAACUCUUAGGCAGUUAAUCUCUAACAGUUAUAUAAACGAUUAAACCACUGUCUUUAUCAAUUGCAGCUAAUCUUAAGACAUUUUUGGUAGUCUAAUAACAAAGAACGAAGAGAUAUAAACUGAGUAAAAUUAUAUAUAUAUAUUAAUAUUAGAGUGUUUAAGGAAAUAAUUGAUAAUAGUAAGAAGAAACAGCCUUCAAGAUUUGUUUUUUACUUAAAUUUAGAUCGAAGUCAUUUUUUAUCUGUGGUUUAUGAAAAUUAACAUUUGUAUUUGAUAGAUUCAAUGAAAGAUAAAAGGGCAGAUUUAUUUUAUUAAAUGGUUAAAUUGUUGAGUCACUUUAAUUUUACUGUUUAUGGAUUUUGGUAAGAUCUUGAAGUAAGUUAAUAAUAUAAUUCAUAUGAUUGCGGGAUGUUUACGAUUUAUUACGUAUCCUAAAUAAUAAAGAAUAUAGACUUAAGUAUUCCGUAAAUGAUUGAAAAACAAUGCUUUAAUGUUUAAUAAUCAAGAAUUGAUUAUGCAAGAUAUCUACUUGCUAACAGAUUCUUCCAAUUAGGAAUUGAGCUCUUGGAUUUGUGA